AAUAUUUAUUUCCUAUAUAUCAAGAGGAAAGGGGGUCCCCCUUUCAUGGAAUGCGGAAAUAUGGGUCUGUUUGACCGCGGAGUUCAGAUGCUAUUGACCACGGUCGGCGCAUUUGCCGCCUUCAGUCUCAUGACCAUCGCGGUUGGCACGGACUACUGGCUGUACUCGCGCGGCACGUGCAAGUCAAAGUCGGUCAGCGAUAACGAGACCAGCAAGAAGAACGAAGAGGUGAUGACCCAUUCCGGAUUGUGGAGGACGUGUUGCUUAGAAGGGAACUUUAAAGGGAUGUGUAAACAGAUAGAUCACUUUCCUGAGGACACGGACUAUGAAGCGGACCCCUCUGAGUACUUCUUACGUGCGGUGCGAGCUUCCAGCAUCUUCCCCAUCCUCAGUGUCAUCCUGCUCUUCAUGGGAGGCCUGUGUAUAGCUGCCAGCGAGUUCUACAAGUCACGCCACAACAUCAUCCUCAGCGCAGGGAUCUUCUUUGUGUCUGCAGGCCUGAGCAACAUCAUCGGGAUCAUCGUGUACAUAUCAGCCAACGCAGGGGACCCCUCUAAGAGCGACUCGAAGAAGAACAGCUACUCCUACGGCUGGUCCUUCUACUUCGGAGCCCUGUCCUUCAUAAUGGCUGAGAUGGUGGGCGUCCUGGCAGCCCACAUGUUCAUUGACCGCCAUCGGCAGCUCCGGGCAGGGGCCAGGGCUGCCGACUACCUCCAGGCCUCGGCCAUCACACGCAUCCCAUCCUACCGUUACCGCUACCGACGCCGCUCGCGCUCCUCCUCCCGGUCCACAGACCCCUCGCACUCCCGCGACACCUCGCCUGUGGGCCUCAAGGGCUUCAGCGCGCUACCCUCUACAGAGAUCUCCAUGUACACGCUGCCCCGGGACACCCUAAAGGCCGGGGGCACGCCGACCGCCACCUACAACUCGGAGAGGGACCAUACCUUCCUGCAGGUCCACAACUGUAUUCAGAAGGAAAAAGACUCGGCCAACACCAACACAGCCAACCGCCGCACCACACCAGUAUGAGGGAGCCCUGAGAGCAGAGCCCGGGGGAGCGAAGGCAGGGAGGCCCCCACCCAGGUCUCUAAUAUACCAUAGGCCAGGAUGAGUUUCCAUCUUUAUAGAGAUUGAUGAUUUUAUUUCAUUCAACUGCAUGAUUUUCCCAUCUACCAUUGUUGAGAGAGUCUAAAGGGGUUUGUUGGGUUCCUUUGGAGUAAAUGGUUGUACUGGGAGAAUGGGGCAGAUUGUCCUUAGAGACUGAGUGAUUUUUAUGGGUGGGGAUGGGUGAUGAGGGUGGUGCACUGAAAGGGAGGGUUUUGAUUGAAAUUUGAUUCAUGAUUCCUUUCGGUUUUGACAGUUUGGCUCCACAGUUUUGGUGGUGCAACAUGCUGCUGUACUUUCCCAUCAUACCACCUGCCAUAUGCCUCUGAUUUGUUGUCAUAUUUAUUCAUUUAUUUAUUUUCUGUAUAAAAACUGUGAAUUUUUGCAGCUUGGGGUUCAGUAAGAAUUAGCCCAGUCUGUAAACUCUAACAAAGGUACUAUAUGUGUAUUACAUUUAUAAAUAAAUUAUUAAGUUAAUAAUCAAGAGAUACAGACUUUACUGAAGAAGAAAAAAACAACAAGUAAACUAAACUAAGUGCUGUUGGUAACACGAGAAAAGACUCUUGUAGGAUCUGCUGGAAGGAUGACAGAGCCAGAGAGAAGGUGCUGUAGGUCACUACACUACGGAGCUGCUGAGACAUGGCGGAGGACAGACGCACACAGUCAACAGUAGAAAAAUAGAGAUUAUUUUAAUAGAACCUUCUCGCCUUUUUCUGAGUCCCU